CGUAAUGCCCCGCCCCCUCGUUAGCUCAUCUUUGCGCGUCGCAGUCGCGCUGAGCCCGGCUUCCGACGUGCAGGCUGGCAGUGCAGUGAACUGUCUGGCCUUUUGCCCUUGAUCCUUGGUUAAGGAAAUGACCAACCAGUAUGGUAUUCUCUUCAAACAAGAGCAAGACUUUACUUUCCAUUCUAGCCCAUGAUGAUGCCAUUUGGUCAGUUGCUUGGGGGACAAACAAGAAGGAAAACUCUGAGACAGUGGUCACAGGCUCCCUGGAUGACCUGGUGAAGGUCUGGAAAUGGCGUGAUGAGAGGCUGGACCUACAGUGGAGUCUGGAGGGACAUCAGCUGGGAGUGGUGUCUGUGGACAUCAGCCACACCCUGCCCAUUGCUGCAUCCAGCUCUCUUGAUGCUCAUAUUCGUCUUUGGGACUUGGAAAAUGGCAAACAGAUAAAGUCCAUAGAUGCAGGACCUGUGGAUGCCUGGACUUUGGCCUUUUCUCCUGAUUCCCAGUAUCUGGCCACAGGAACUCAUGUCGGGAAAGUGAACAUUUUUGGUGUGGAAAGUGGGAAAAAGGAGUAUUCUUUGGACACAAGAGGAAAAUUCAUUCUUAGUAUUGCAUAUAGUCCUGAUGGGAAAUACCUAGCCAGUGGAGCCAUAGAUGGAAUCAUCAAUAUUUUUGAUAUUGCAACUGGAAAACUUCUGCAUACGCUGGAAGGCCAUGCCAUGCCCAUUCGCUCCUUGACCUUUUCCCCGGACUCCCAGCUCCUUGUCACUGCUUCAGAUGAUGGCUACAUCAAGAUCUAUGAUGUACAACAUGCCAAUUUGGCUGGCACGCUGAGCGGCCAUGCCUCCUGGGUGCUGAACGUUGCGUUCUGUCCUGAUGACACUCACUUUGUUUCCAGUUCGUCUGACAAAAGUGUAAAAGUUUGGGAUGUUGGAACCAGGACGUGUGUUCACACUUUCUUUGAUCACCAGGAUCAGGUCUGGGGAGUAAAAUACAAUGGAAAUGGUUCAAAAAUUGUGUCUGUUGGAGAUGACCAGGAAAUUCACAUCUAUGAUUGUCCAAUUUAAACAUCAAAGUCUCCAGGCUUAUGCUGCAAAGAGAAUGUACGGAUUGAUCAUGACAUUCCUUACCUUUUUAGGCUUGUUUAAAAGAAAUAUAGCAUUUAUUGUAGCAAAGACUUAAAUUUUGUAGAUACAAUAUAAAUCUUUUCAUGUUUUAUUGGGAAUGCUGUUCAUACUUUAACAUAAAGCUUUCUUAAUGCAAACA